AUGAAGCUGAAAUGGAAGCGAAUAAGGCUACGUGCUUCCACGACUGCUUUAUUUCUUGUUAUUUGCAUUUUCUUAUGCUGGCGAAGUGGUAUGCACGAUCAUCUUUUUGAAUUAUCUUUUUCGAAAUUCAGCUGGCCGCCUUAUGCAGAUGUUCGUCAGCAGGUGAUUUUGGAAUUGAUGGGUGAAAAUUCGAGUCGACCGUACGAAAACGAUUGGAAUAAAUAUAAAGCGAUAGUCGAGCCAAAAUGUUCGUCAUUGUUCAAUUCUUCAAAGAAACUGCGAAAUUUUUUGUUGAUCGUCGUAAAAUCUGCUGUAGCUAAUGUGAAAAAUCGAUAUGCUAUACGCUCAACGUGGGGCUCAGCAUCUAAUUAUUCAAGUUAUAGUUUUUAUGUGAAAAUUGUUUUCAUUUUGGGACUCGACCAGUCCACGGGUACUCCUAUUCAAGAAUCGAUAAAACUAGAAGCGAAACAUUAUGGCGAUGUUUUAAUUGGAAAUUAUAUUGAUGCAUAUCGUAAUAACACUCUUAAAUUUUUGUCAGCAAUUCAACUCGCUUUUAAUUAUUGUUCUCAUUCUGAAAGUGUCCCAUUCUCGUUCUUUGUGGAUGAUGAUUAUUAUGUUUCUAUACCGAAUCUUUUAAUGGAAAUAAAAAAACAUCGCGCUCAUGAUCGAAUUUAUAUGGGAUGGCGAAUUGAUACAACUCCUUUCCGUUUUCGUUUUCAUAAACAUCGAGUAUCGUUGGCGGAAUAUCCAUUCGAUAGAUAUCCUCCGUAUAUAUCAGCUGGCGCCAUUUUGUUUUCUCGUCAGUCAAUACGAGAAAUAUACUAUGCAAUCCAACACGUACGCAUUUUUAAUUUCGAUGAUAUUUAUUGCGGAAUAAUUGCUUAUUUCCUUGGCCUACCUGUUACUCACAAUAUAUGGAUGUGGUAUGGCUAUAUAAAAUUCUUUAGUGAGGAUUAUUUUAAAAAAAUAAUAUGUGCACAUGGAUUUAGUCCACGUGAAAUGCAAUCAACGUAUGAUAGAUGGCAAUCUAAUGCUGUUCAUUAG